UCACAUACACAUGUACACUGACAGGCAGUUACUGUGUAGGGUAUAAAAGGAAAGUUAUUGAAGACAUUUUUAAACAGAAAAAGAUAACAAAGAAAGAGAAUAAAGAAAUAGCAGCUAAAGAAUCAAAGCAGACGAAAUGGGUCAGCUAGCCUCAAUCCUCUAUGAUGCAAUACAGAACUUUACUACUCCAAGACAAGCAAAGAUACUAAUGCUUGGACUGGAUGGAGCAGGAAAAACAACUCUACUUUACAAACUAAAGCUAAACGAAACUGUGUCCACCAUACCAACACUUGGAUUCAACGUGGAAACAGUUCAGCCAACUAAGAGUUUGAGUUUCACUGUCUGGGAUGUGGGAGGACAGGAAGUACUGAGACCUUUGUGGAGACACUACUUUCAGAACUGUGAUGGACUAUUGUACAUUGUUGAUAGUGCAGACUAUAAAAGGUUUAAUGAAGCCAAAGAAGAACUUGAGUGGAUACUAGAAUCUGAGGACAUGAUAAAUGUACCGUUAAUUGUAAUGGCAAAUAAGCAAGAUCAGCCACAGGCAAAGUCACCAGCAGAAGUAUCAGAGAAACUAGGACUGAAUAAUGUAAAGAACAGGGACUGGAGGGUACAGGGUACCUGCGCUGUUCAAGGAGAAGGAGUGUUUGAAGGAAUAACAGAGUUUAGCCAAAUGGUGAAAGAAUUCAUGAAUAAACAAAGAUGAACUAUGCUAUAACAAUCAAUAGAACUAUUAUCCUUUAUGAUUCUUGUCUUAUUAGUGUUGUAAAUUCAAAACUUAGUGCCAAAA